UUGUUCUUCAAGUAGAUUUCCUGUCUAACUCUGAAUGACUCAUGUUCUUCUAAACACGUUUCUUCGCAGAUGAAGGAGGAGUAACAGAACUAAAUCAGACGGAUAUAAGAGCAUCGAUCAGGACUGAGACGCGAUCAGAUUGAUGGACGUGUGAUGGAGCGGUUCUGUUUAUUUAGAUCGGUUCUUCUCGCGUGCUGUCUGGUAUCUGGUGCAUCAGUGAUGGUCCAUACAGCCAAGCACAGUAUGUGUAAGUCAUGUGGCCCUCAGCCGGCUAGAAGCAGGGCACAUUAUUGUUACCCAGACUGCAACGUGUCAAAAGUCUGCCCGAAUCCAGAGGACAUCUGCGCUGCCGCCUGGUGGAGGGAAGCUGGAAUUGUUACCAUGGAGACCAUGUGUCAUAACCCCGCGCGGCCGCUGUACAGCGUGACGUUAAAGGACUACAGCAGCGCAGACUGUCUGUUGAUAUCGAAACAUGUAGCAGGUCGCAACCUUCGCGUGUGCGCCUGUACUGGUGAUGACUGUAAUGAGCGCGUGCUUCUGGCCAAACUGUCAAUUGAGGAAGAAAUGACACUGCCUUUCAAACUCCGCAAAAUCUGUAGGUUCUGUGACAUUGAAUCCACAACCUGCAACGCCACAGGUGUCUGCGACUCUGCAUGCAAUAUCACAUCCAUCUGCGAGAGUCCAAACGAAGUGUGCGUCGGUGUAUGGAGGAGAAAUGAAGGAAUCUCCUUCGUGGAGACGGUAUGUCAUGAUGUGGCAUUUCCGUUUUAUGGUCAGUACCUGACCGACUAUAACAGCAGCACCUGUGUGUUGAAACCGGUGAAGGGGAUGGAAGACGAGUUCUACAUGUGUUCUUGUAAUGCAGAGGAGUGUAAUGACAAACUCAUCUUUGGGUUACGUGCUACUGAAGACAAGAGGACCUCUCUGCUGGUUCUCUUGGUCAGUCUGGUUCCUCUCCUGGUCGUUGUUGUCCUGCUCGCCUCGUGCUUCUACACCUGUCGAGUGUUACGCCAGCAGAAGCUGAAGGUGUCCAAACACAAGACAAAAGGCAUGGACAGCGAGACCUGCGCUAUCUUCAGCAACGAUGACGACCAUUCCGAUAGCAGCUCCGCCAAAGCCAACAAUCUGAACCACAACAACGAGCUGUUGCCCAUCCAACUGGACUCCGUCGUCGGAAAAGGUCGCUUCGCCGAAGUCUACAGAGCCAAACUCAAGCAAGGACUCAUGUCUGCCGGAGAAGCCUUCCAAACGGUCGCCGUGAAGAUCUUUCCGUAUGAAGAGUAUGCUUCAUGGAAAAACGAAUGGGAGAUCUUCUCUGACUCAGAACUUCGGCAUGACAAUAUUCUGCACUUCUUGACCGCUGAGGACCGGAAGGCCGAGAGGCAAUAUUGGCUGAUAACGGCAUAUCACGAGCGAGGAAACCUGCAAGACUUUCUGUCCAAGCACGUUGUGAGUUGGGAGGAGCUUUGUCGAUUGGGCGUGUCACUGGCGAGGGGCGUGGCACACUUGCACAGCGACCAGACGGCAUGCGGCCUAGCCAAAGUGCCCAUCGUUCACAGAGAUCUGAAGAGCUCCAACAUCCUGGUGAAGACGGAUCUCACCUGCUGCCUGUGUGACUUCGGGCUCAGUCUGAGACUAGAUAACGCCAUGUCUCCGGAUGAACUCGCCAACAGUGGACAGGUUGGCACUGCCAGAUACAUGGCUCCUGAAGUUCUGGAGUCCAGAAUUGACCUGGAAAACAUAGAGUCCUUCAAACAGGCUGAUGUUUAUUCCAUGGCUCUGGUUCUGUGGGAGAUCACGUCCAGGUGCAGCGCGAUUGGAGAUGUUCGGGAAUAUGAACCUCCGUUUGGGAAGCUCAGAGAACAUCCGUGUGUGGAGAGCAUGAAAGAUGAUGUCAUCAGAGACCGACUGAGACCAGAGAUACCAGCCAGCUGGAGUCAACACACGGGUGUUCAGUUCGUGAGUUCUGCAAUAGAAGAGUGUUGGGAUCAUGAUCCAGAGGCCCGUCUCACAGCACACUGUGUCGUGGAGCGUUUUGAUGACAUCAUCAGUGCAGUGAUCCUCCCCAUCAGCUCGGAGCCCAAGAGUCCGGAGGAUUCUGGGAAUGAUGACAAGUAAACGACUGUAGAACAAGCACUGCGAUGCUUGGAAACCAAACCCAUAACAUCCUGUACAAUCAUUCAUGAGAUCACCAGAUUACCAUGGAAACAGACUUCAGACAGAUUUUAUUUCACACAGAGACACGUGUUUUUGUUGGGCAGCAAACUGGAGACUUGUAACAUUUGCACUUUGCGUUUACACACAUGGAAAUAUUACAAUGCAAAUUAUUUUUAUAUAGCUUAAAAACUCAUUACCAGAGAGCAAGAUUAUGAAAUCAGUUGUUAUGUUAUUCUGCUUAAAUGAUAUUAUUAUUAUUCUGUAUAAAUAACAGAGGAAAAGGAUGGAGUUGAGAGAAAAGUUUUGAGUAUUUCAAACCAAAGAGUGUUCCUUAACUCCAGCAGCCAAUAAGAAGAGAGAAUUCUGACACAAUAGGAUUGUAGGACAUCAUGAGAACAUACCGACUGAAUCAGUUCAUAUGAGCAACAGUGGAUCGGAUGUGACAUCAUGCUGAUAUAACCUACAGAGACAUCUACAAUUGAGUCAAAUAUAUACGAGAGAAAACAGGGAUGCUAAGGGAAUGAUUGUAGCCUGAGCUGAGCCAGAUUACCUUCACAUAAAGGAUAUUUAUGAUGGAUAAAACCAGAUUAAAUCCAGCUGAUGUUAAACAGAAGAGUGCACUGAGGUUCCAGAGAUGAAGUAUUAAAUCUGCCAUACGUAAGGACUGUCUAACAAAACACAUUUAAAAAUAAAUAAUAAUUAAAAACUGGAUAGGUAAAGUACUCAGAAUUGGAAAUUUUGGUUUCUGUUUCAAGAUUCUGGAAAACCCCUAAACCAAAUCUGUAGAAUAACAGUAUGUUGACUUUUUCAAGCCAACAUAAUUAAAAGAAAAAAAGGAAAGACUUCAGUUCUGAGAUGGUGUGCAUCGAAAAACAAAUAAAUCACCGUCAUUUGCUUUCAGUGGCUUUUGUUAAUAUCUAGGGCUCUAUUUUCAUAAGUGUGCAAAGCACAGCGCAACGUGCGUCAACUGUGCACUAAUUCUAAUUGCUAUUUCGUGCCAGCGCAAAGCGCAAGUGGGCAUGGGUAGGAGUGUUUGCGCUAUCUGUGUGUGUAUGUGCACAAACUGUGGGUGUGUUAUAUGUUAAUGAAGUUUUCCUAUUUUCCUGAGAAAUAGGUCAUUGUGCCAAGACGUUUGACAAGCACGUCUGUUUUCAUCGCAAAGUCUAAACUCAGUUCCUGCAUUUGCAGUUUGGAGAUUCCACCGGUGAGUGGUGAUAAAGUUCACGUCCAAACUCUGAAAAUAUGCUGGAACAUCAAAUUAUGUCACUGAUGAUGAGUUGUAGCCGUUUUAUGAAACAAAAAUGUAUGAGAUUUGUGUGAAAAUUUUAGACGUCAUGGUUUAUUUUUCAAUUAUUAUUAUUAUUAUUAUUAUUAUUAUUAUGUUUAUAUUUACAAUUGUAUUAUAUUUACUCAUUUGUAUUGGUAGUUUGAGCUGGAGGAAAAGUUGGAGAGGAUUAUAUAUAUAUAAUAACUUCAUUAUUUUGAUUAUAUUUUUGUGUUAUUUGAAUUUAGAAAUAUAUUUGGUUUAAGUUUUUCGUGUUUCAAUAAAUGAAUUUAAUUUAAAGCAAAA